UGUAGUCUGUAAGAUUGCAUUCCUCAGCACAAUAAUAUCGUGAACGGCCUGUGUUAGGUUUAUAAAAUACUUUUUUAUGUACGAAUACUAAAAGUGUAAUAUUUCAGUUUUACAUUAAUAAAGUGUAACACAAAGCCCUGUGUUUUUUUCGCUCUAAAUUUCGAAAAAUCGAAAACAUUGGCAAAAUGACUCAAAUGACACAGGACGAAAUAAUAAGUAACACAAAAACUGUCUUGCAAGGACUGGAAGCUCUUCGGGUUGAACAUGCUUCUUUAAUCUCUGGAAUAGGUGAAUCUAAUAAGGAUGAAGAGAAAACCUACAUCAUAAAAAAAAAUAUAGAUAAUAUCGAAUUGGGACUCAGUGAAGCACAAGUUAUGAUGGCAUUAUCAUGUCAUCUUCAAAACAUUGAAGCAGAGAAGCAAAAACUUAAGACCCAGGUUAGAAGAUUGCACCAAGAAAAUGCAUGGCUACGUGAUGAGCUUGCUAAUACACAACAAAAGUUUCAAGCUUCUGAACAAUUGGUCGCUCAGCUUGAAGAAGAAAAAAAACAUCUCGAAUUUAUGACAUCUGUAAAAAAAUACGACGAUAAUCAAGAACAAGAGGAUCUUAGUGAGAAACCUAGACCCGAUCCCGUUAUGGAACUUUUUCCUGAUGAUGAGAAUGAAGAUAGAAACAAUAUAUCUCCCACACCACCAAGUCAAUACUCAAACCAAUCUUCAGGUUAUGAAAUUCCAGCUCGUUUGAGAACUCUACAUAACUUAGUAAUUCAAUAUGCUUCACAAGGAAGAUAUGAAGUUGCUGUACCAUUAUGUAAACAGGCACUUGAAGACCUUGAAAAAACAAGUGGACAUGAUCAUCCGGACGUGGCAACUAUGCUUAAUAUACUUGCUUUGGUUUACCGUGACCAGAACAAGUACAAGGAAGCGGCCAACUUAUUAAAUGAUGCAUUGUCUAUAAGGGGUAAAACCCUGGGAGAAAACCACCCUGCUGUUGCAGCGACUCUAAACAAUCUUGCUGUCCUUUAUGGCAAACGUGGUAAAUAUAAAGACGCUGAGCCCUUGUGCAAACGAGCUCUUGAAAUUCGAGAGAAAGUAUUAGGAAAAGAUCACCCAGAUGUUGCAAAACAACUAAAUAACUUGGCUCUUUUAUGCCAAAAUCAAGGAAAAUAUGAUGAAGUUGAGAAAUACUACCAGAGAGCCCUAGAAAUAUAUGAAUCGAAACUUGGCCCCGAUGAUCCAAAUGUAGCCAAAACUAAGAACAAUUUGGCAAGUUGUUAUUUAAAGCAAGGGAAGUAUGCUGAAGCUGAAAUUUUAUAUAAACAGGUUUUAACAAGAGCACACGAAAAAGAGUUUGGUGCGAUUGAUAGCAAAAAUAAGCCAAUUUGGCAGGUCGCAGAAGAACGAGAAGAACACAAGUACGACAACAGAGAAAAUACCCCAUAUGGUGAAUAUGGAGGAUGGCACAAAGCCGCAAAAGUUGAUUCACCAACGGUUACCACAACAUUAAAGAAUUUGGGCGCAUUAUACCGCAGGCAAGGUAUGUUUGAAGCUGCAGAAACAUUGGAAGAUUGCGCUCUACGUAGCAAAAAAGAAGCACUGGAUAUGGCGAAACAAAAUAAGAAAAUGCAUAAAUAAGGAACCAUGCAACAUUCUAACUGGUUGACGAUGGAUAAUUUUCUGUGACAACUAAUGUGGAAUCAUUCCAUCAUGUCUAUAAAUUCUUCUAAAAUCCAAAAUAAAAUAUAUUCCGUUAUAUGUAACAUAUGAAAAGAAUUGUUUUGGUCUAGCUAACUGUAUAAUUAAAAAGUUAAUUUUAUUUUAAAUGUGUAAUAUCAACUCAAAUUUACAGUCUACUGUCAUUUAAGUUGUUUACCUGCCAAAUUGCUAUUUUUGACACCAAAAUAAUAUAACAAGCAUAUAAUGAUCCAGAAGGUUCAAAAAAAUUUA